UUGUUUUCUCGACUUUGGCUCCUACUUUCUGUUAGCAAGCAUAUUAUCGCUGAAAUAGAAAAUCUGGUGAAUUCUGGGUGUCACACCCAAAGGGUGCGACGAUGCAGGAUCCCGCGGGUCAGUGCUGGGCCGCUGUGAUUCGUGGGGGUCGAAAUAAGAACUGUUUUGUUUCCCUGCCUCCGGCAAGCUGGACCUCGCAAAACACAUUCGAAGAUGGCAAGUUGCAGGUGUUCCAGCUUCAGUCCCAGAGUGGCAGGAUAGCCUAUGUCAGCUGGUCAGGGGGACUGACCACAGGGACCCCAGGCUCUCAGGACACCAUUGAACUCAAUGGACUGUACGCAGACAAAUUGGGCUUUAAGGUUGGAGAAGAGGUCCUUGUGAAAGCUGUUCCCAGUGUGGCAUCAUGCACCAGGAUAUUUGUUGAACCUCUCUCCGUGGAUGACUGGGAGAUACUGGAACUCCACUCCAGUUUCCUAGAGAGUCAUCUCCUCAAUCAGCUCCGGGUGGUGUGGCCCCAGCAAGUGAUGCCACUCUGGGUGGAGGGGGCCGUCUGUAUUUUUGUCACAGUGGCGUCCAUGGAACCCAAUGUCCCAUGUGCUUUACUGGAACAACACACAGAGGUCGUCAUAGCACCCAAGGUCAGGGAAUCUGGGUCAAGGUCAAGCACAUUCAAGCCCAAAGCAAAGGAAGACGACAAACUGAACAAAGGAGAAAAUCAAAAAGCUAGUGCAAAUGAAGAGCACUCAAAAGUGACAAAAAUGAUGAAUGGGGAUAUUGUGGAUGAUGUGAAGACCCAUAGCGAGGAGCAUAAGAGGAGUGAUGAACUUUCUGAAAGCAAGUCAGCUCAGGCUUCAAACAUAAGGGGGAUUUAUGACUUCUUCAAAUUCAUAAUCAAGGGGCCUCAGGCUCCUUUCGGUUUAGAAAUGUCAUCUGACCUUCACCAUGGAACAAGGUCGGAAAUUCUGGACAUGGACGUCAACAUGGUGCUGAGAGUCCAACCAAUGAAAUGUUUGGACACUUUGGAACUCAUGUCAGAAAAUGGAAGCCAUGAUUUGAGUGGUCAGUCUUCAGAAACCACUUUUCUUUUACAGCCUACAACUGUUUACAUCUCUGCAAAUACUCUGCUACAACAUGGCUACGUGGACAUUGACGCCAUGUGUCCAUCAUUUUUAGCUAAGUUAACCAAACUUCCAUCCCCCAAAGAAAAACGGGAGAUUGCAAAAAGGGCAGCCGCAAAAACUAAAACUGACAAGAACUUGAAAGACAAGUCCAAAGGUAAACCUGGUCACCAUGACAACAGCGUCAAAGUUGAAGAGGGUCAGAGUAUCGUAGUGCGUGUUGUGGUGGUGAAUGCUCAGUAUGGUGUGCCAUCCAGAGCAAAGACUCCUGCAGAAAAUGAAAUUGCCAUGAAAGGAAAUAUACACACAAAGGAAAAAGUUACAUUUGGUGAAGAAGCUGAUAACAUUUUUGAAGGUGACGAAAAACUCGGCUCUGGGGGUGAAUUCCACAGUGGUGGAAGAGUUCAUUCUGGAACAGGGAUACCUGGAGGUGGAAGAGUUCAUUCUGGUGCUGGUGUUGAAGUAAGCAGGACCAAGGUGCUGGAGACGGUAUCGGAUGGUCACAUUCUUCUUCCAGAGUUCCUAAGAAGACAAGGGGGCCUGGGGGGCUUGGCCAGGGUCCACCUGGAGGGAAUUCAUUCUCACAGCUCUACAUUCACUCAGCUGUCUCUGCACCCUCUUACACCAGUGACAAAGAAAUACACCAAGGAAAUGUACAGAACUGCACUGAGAGUUUGGCUGAGACAGGCAGCAACUGAGAACUUCCCAUUUAUUAUCACACAGGGCACUUUGUUCAGUCUUCCACUAGGGGGAGAACACUCACAGGAGUUUCUCCUAACACUCCAGGGAGUAGAAGAAAGCCCAGACUCAACAGAAACGUAUGCUCAACUGGAGGAGUCUUCCCUUGAUGCUGUGAGAGUCAGAGUCACAGAACAAGUACGAGAUUCAAAGAAACCCAGAGAGGUGGCUGCUCUACCAGCAUCAAGUGUGGCAGAGGUGGACUGUCCUGUACCGGCUGUUGAAGUGGAAGAUCUUGGCGGUAUCAAGUCACUCUCCCAGCAAGCAAUAGAAUUUCUAGAAUGCUCCAUAGCACAGCGGCCAUUGCCAAAACAGCUACUAGAUGGCAGCAGCAGUAUUGCAAAUGGCUGCCUCUUGGUGUGUGGAAACAAGGGGUGUGGAAAGAGCAGCUUCACCAGAGGUCUCUGUGCCAAGCUGAGCCAGCCACCGAACCUGGCAUAUGUGGAAAUAGUGGAUUGUAAAAGUCUUAAAGGGAAAAGAAUAGAAGUCAUCCAGACCAUUCUUCGCCAGGUCUUCAAUGAAGCUGCAUGGCGACAGCCUGCUGUGAUCUUAUUGGAUGAUUUGGAUCAUGUGACCAGUUCUCCCAGAAGCCCUGAAAUGGAACUGACAGGAGAGGCAAUGUACAAUGCCGAGGUGGCUGAAGCUAUGAAAGACAUCCUAAUGUCAGAGGUGGCAGAGAGGUCAAAGGUCGUUGUCAUAGCAACCAGUGCAUCGCGUCUAUCUCUGAAUCAGAUUUUAGUCCCUUCUAGAGGAGCUCACAUCUUUCAGGAAGUCUUACAAAUAAAACCACCACAACAGGCACAAAGAAAAGAGAUCCUGACGUCCAUUCUCUACAGUAAGGCGGUGGUGGACCCCAGAACUGUGGCAGAGGUCAAUCUGGUGACCAUAGCCUCAAAGAUGGAGGGGUUUCAGGCUAGAGACUUGGUGAAAGUGGUGGAGAAAGCUAUACAUGCUCAUCUGCUGACACACACAGUCUCAGCCAGCAGUGAACUGGUGCUGACAGAUGAGGAUUUUGAAGCAGCUCUUGAUGGGUUUACGCCAGCGUCUCUGAGGGACGUGCCCCUACACACCCCCGGGGAGUUAGGCUGGGGAGACGUGGGGGGUCUGCAAGAGGUCCGAAACACUUUGCUGGAGACCUUACAGUGGCCCUCAAAGUACCCGGUAUUGUUCAGUCACUGCCCUCUACGGCUAAGAUCAGGCCUUUUGUUGUACGGAGCCCCAGGGACAGGCAAGACACUACUGGCAGGGGUAGUAGCCAAGGAAUGUGGCCUGAACUUUAUUAGUAUUAAGGGUCCAGAGCUUCUAAGUAAAUACAUAGGUGCCAGUGAGCAAGCAGUGAGAGAUACGUUUACCAGAGCUCAAAGUGCCAAACCUUGUAUCUUAUUCUUUGAUGAGUUUGAUGCCUUGGCUCCACGGCGCGGUCAUGACAGCACUGGCGUCACUGACCGAGUGGUCAACCAACUACUGACCCAGCUUGAUGGAGUGGAAGGAUUGGAUGGCGUGUAUGUGCUGGCUGCCACUAGUCGUCCUGACCUAAUAGACCCUGCCCUCCUCAGACCUGGACGCUUGGACAAAAGUCUUCACUGUGGACUGCCCACACAGGCAGAGAGACUGGACAUCCUCCGUGUCCUUACCAAGCAGGUCAACAUGGCGGAGGACGUUGACCUUGAGGUCAUCGCCCAGAAAUGUCACCACUUCACUGGAGCCGAUUUCAAAGCCUUGUUGUACAAUGCUCAGUUGGAGGCUAUCCACGACAGGGUGAAAAUACCAGCCACAGAGAGACCAGACACCCUCAAAGAUAUGGUAACUUCUGCCUUAGAUAAUGGAAACGACCUGAAUACUGAAUUUAGAUCACCUUAUGACCUUGACCCUAAUUCACAGAAUGGCCUUGACCUCAUGCCACAUGAGGACAGCAAUUCUGUUGCAAGUUAUUCUUCAGUGUCAGACACUUCUACAACAGAUAGAAAACAGACUGCAGUGAUCAUUGAGAAAGAGCAACCAAAUAAAAUCAAGACAAAGAAAGGAAGAGGGGCUAAAACAAAAAUGGAUGGCAUAGAUUUGGAGAGAGGCAGGACUGAGGUUGAGUAUGAUGAAGAUGUGACGUAUAUUCCAAGUAUAGAGCAAGGCCCUGUGAAACUGAGAGAAGAAACAAAGGACAGGUUGACUUCUGAGGUCAGCAGAAUUAAGUCAAAGAUUACUCAGAAAAACUUAGAUGGUCAUCAAGAUUUGACCAGCAAACUGACCACUGCCGUCAUGAUUAGCCAAUCACAUCUCUUCAAAUCUGCUGCUGCGAUGAAGCCAUCUGUGUCUGCUGCUGAGAGAGAAAAAUACAGAAAAAUCUAUGAGCAGUUUGUGUUGUCCAAAGGAGGCGGAUUCAGCAACAAGGAAGAAAUGGCACAGAAGAAAAGACUGACACUGGCUUAAUUCAAAAUUUACCAAGAAAAUGAGUAUUUCUGUCUCAUUCUCUCUCUCUCUCUCUCUCUCUCUGAGGUAAAUUCUGAAUUGAACAGAUGAUGUCUAGAAAACCAUGACAAGUGUCAAGAUUAUGAUAUGUCAGAGAGAAAAGCUGUACCCACCACCAUAUGUUUACUGUAGUCUUUCAGAAUAGGACGGAGUAAGACAACAAAUUAGUGAUGGAAUGCUUUCUUUCAAUUAAAGUAGAUGCUUUUUGUAUUUCAUUUGAUUCCAUUAGGUAGAAUGUAUAACGUAUAUUAAUUUGCUAUUUUUAGUUCUUCUGAUUUAUGUGAAAUACUAGGACAAAUAUUGUAUGAUUAUUAUUAUUUUUUUACAAUUUUAUUUUGAAUGAAUGAAGGCACAGACGUAUCUGCACCUGCCUUGUUGGAAUUUUAAGAACCUUUUGAUUAAGUUAUUCCAUUUUUUAAUAAGAACACUAAAUAUUUUUAUGUUAAUAUACUCUAUCUCGGCAACACAUGCUGAGAAUAAGACAUUGUUACCAAACAUAUGAUUGUUAUCAAUAUUUAUAUGGAAUAAAUGGGUAACUAAGAAACUUUCUAACUUUUUUGU